AUGCAGUCUAGCCAAGGCCCUCCUCAGCCACCUGCCUCAGGCGCUCCUCCCUCCUCUCUCGCGAAACGCACUACGGGUGCCGCAGGCACUUCUACGGGUUCUCUCAACCCCACUCUUCACAACACUCGUGGCGCCGCCAAAGCUGGUCGCACACUUGCCGCUACCGAGUCCGAGACUCCGGAAGCUGGAUCUUCUCUCGGAGACAAAGGCAAAAAGCACGAAGACGCCAACGCCGACUCUACUGUACAGGCCACUCCUGUAUCUCCUACCUCCAUCUCUACUGCACAGGCUGCUCCUGACCCUCCUACCCCGGGUACCAUCACUCCCUCAAUCAACAUUACUCCUCUCGGCGACGCUCCUGAGCCUACUCUUUCUCAGGCGUCCUCCUCUCAGAUCGCCUCUGCUCCACCUGAGCACACGGCUGCCGAUACUACCCCCGCCCCUACGUUCGACGCCAAUCUCCAGGCUGCCAUCGAAGCCUCGCUGCUUUCCAAAUUCGCCGAGAUGUUGAAGGCAUCGCAGGCCACUGCUCCGCUUGUAGACCCGACCUCUAAGCCUCCUGGCCUAGAGGACCCAGCCUACCCCGGUACAGCGGCCGCCAACGACACCCCUCAAGCUAAGCCUCUUUCUCCGUACGAAGAGCUUCACGAUGUCUCGUGUCAGCUUGACCAGGCUAGCGAGGAACGCGACCACCUUUUCGAGGCCCUUCAGCAAGCCCAAGCCGAGCUCACUCGCUUGUGCACUGCCUCCCUCAGUCCGGCUCCAGUCCCGACUACUCCUACUCCUCACAUGUCUCAUCACUCAACUCGACUCAAGCCAUCCGAGCUUCCUAAGCUCAAGGGUACUAGUCACAAAGAAGUUGACUCCUGGAUCGCUCAGAUCUCUGCGCUCCUUCGCAGCGCCACCGUCACCGAGUCUGACGUUAUCCCUUUCCUUCCUUGCGCCUUCGAAGACAGAGCUAUGUCUUGGUAUGUCAAUCUUCGCCCUGCCAAACAGCUCGCCCUCGUUACUUGGUCAGACUGGCAAGAGGCCAUUCGCCGUCAGUUCUUGCCUGCAAACUACGCCAUGAAGGCCCGGCUCGAGUGUACCCAUCGCCAGCUCGGUCCUCGUGAAUCCUUCACUCGCUACCUUGAUGAACGUAGCCAGCUCCAGCGCUACGUCUUCGAUGACAACGUUUCCGACUACGUUCUCAUCAACGACUUGCUUCGCGGCAUUCCUCUCUACUUCCACCGCUCUCUUGUCCCUCAUAUUCUAGAGGACAUGAGCCUGGAACAGUUCCGAGAUCUCCUACUCUCUCAAGAAGAAUCCUUGCGCGACUAUCAGCGCAUGCGCGACCGACUUCCGCAGUCAAUGUCUCGCUCGUAUCACUCAACCCCUUCUUUUUCCAAUCGCCAGAACGACUCCUCUACACCGGUCGUCCCUCGAAACCCCUGCACAUGCGGUGGAUACCACUGGCGCAGAGACUUCCCCAACCUACCUCCUCCUGCCAACGGGCCUCGCUCCUCUGCGCCUCGCGCCUCGAGCACCAAUACUCGGGCACCUUUCUCCUCUUCUUCCGGUAGCUCGGACAAUCACCAGCGCUGCGACACUCCUCAGACCUACGUGAACGUCACCACGUCGUCUUACCGUCCUCGGGCUGGCUCAGUGAACGCCACACCCAAUCAGAACGGCAACCGUUACAACCAGCCCCGUGCUCAACUGAACACGAUGGUAACUCGCGCAGCUCCCAUCACUCCUUCUUCUACAGUCACUCGCUCGGUCAACGCCACGGCUCUGACUGCACCAAGGCCCACAGUUCGUUUUGAACCCCAGCCUCGCGUCAUCGGCUCUAUCGUCCCUAGCGACACUGUUCCUAUCGCUGCGCCACCUCCUCCUUCUCUGGCUCCUGCCAUGACCCCUCUUUACGCGUGCCGGCUAUCUGUCAUCGACGCCCACUACGCCAAAAAAUACCUACCCAAUGUCAGAGCUCAACCAUGCCCUGCCAUCGAGCUUACUGGUCUCGGACAAGCCGACAGUACCUCCUUCAUCAUAAUCGACAUCACCUUUACCACGUCUGAUGGUCAAGAUAUCUGCCUUCCGAUGUCUUUCAGCAUCGUUGACAAGCUCAACGCCAACCUUCUUCUUGGCAACAACCAACUCUCGCCCCUUGGCACCACGCUUUGCGCUCCCCAAUUCGACGUUGGCCAAGACGUCCUCGUUUCCACCUUCUACAUCAAACCUCCCUUCUUCCGGGAGAAAGGCCGCCCGUUCAAGCUUAAACCUAAGUUUGUUGGUCCUUUCAAAAUCACAAAGAAAAUCAGUCCCGAAGUGAUGGUCGUAGACCUGCCGCCACACAUCAAAGCGCACACUUCCAUCAACAUCUCCCAUCUCAAACACUUCGUGACCGAUCCUUUCGAGCGCGCACAACCCCUCCCUCCUCCCAUCAACGCAGAUGACAACAUCUACGAAGUCGAACACAUCGUUGCCGAUCGCACUAUACGCGGUAAAACCGAAUACCUCAUCUCUUGGAAAAGUUUCCCCGAUGUCUAUGACACUUGGGAGCCGGCCUCCAAUAUUACAAAGAAAAAUAUCAUCACCAAAUACCUAUCCUUCAAGAAGUGCCAAGCUGGAGUCUGGUACUCCGAAGCUACGGAUACCUUCCCCUUUGUCCCUAUCAGUCCUCGUUCUCCAACAAGUGUGUAG